AUGUUUUCGGACCCUUUGACACCCAUUGUCAGCGCCACAAGUCGACUUUCUCCGACUAUCAUUCCACUGCCACCAGCUGCUCUCACUGAGACUCCGUCCUACCUACCCUUAUCUGGAGUACGAGUUUUGGAACUAGGUCAACUGAUCGCGGGUCCGUUCGCAGGACAACUGCUAGCACAUUACGGAGCAGAAGUCAUCAAGGUCGAGCCACCGAAGACCGGCGACCCUCUGCGUGUGUGGAGGGAACUGGACAUAGACGGAACCAGUCCCUGGUGGCGCUGCAUCGGCAGGAACAAGAAAAGCGUUACCAUCGACAUGAGAAAGGCAGGAGGCAGAGACCUAGUACGCAAACUGGCGCUGAAAUGCGAUGUCAUACUCGAGAACUUCAAACCUGGCACGCUCGAGAAGUGGGGCCUUGGUCCUGACGCCUUACACCCCCACAACCCAUCACUCAUCUUCACCCGCGUGAGCGGAUACGGCCAAACAGGACCUUGGGCCUCCCGCCCCGGCUACGCGUCAGUUUGCGAAGCCGAGUCAGGGUUCCGAUACAUCAACGGAUUCCCAGACAGAGAUGGCGGGUUGGAAGGACCUCCCGUACGCCCGAACAUGAGCUUGGGAGACUCGGUUGCGGGACUCCAUGCAGCCUUCGGGACGGUGCUAGCUCUCCUGCAAAGGGGGAAAUGUGGCGGCAACGGCCAGACUGUCGAUGUGAGCAUUAUGGAAAGCAUGCUCAACCUGAUGGAGGGUAUCAUCCCCGAGUACGAUCGAAAAGGAAAGAUCCGAGGUCCCUCCGGUUCCUCGCUGACCGGCAUAGUCCCCACCAACGCUUACCCCUGCCUCCCAUCCUCCUCCUCGCCUUCCUCCCCCACAUAUAUUAUCAUCGGUGCCAAUGGCGACUCCAUCUACAACAGACUCAUGCAAGCGAUGGGCCGCCCUGACCUGACCGGGCCAAAGUAUCAGCAUAACCAACACCGCGUCGAGCGGCAGGCAGAGAUCGAGCAAGCCAUCGUCGAGUGGACCAGUAAGAGGAGCGUGGAGGAGGUGGAGAGGGUGCUCAGGGAGGCGGGCGUGCCGACCGGACGGGUGAACAGCGUAAAGGAGGUGGUGGAGAAUGAGCAGGUAAAGGACAGAGGGUUUGUCGAGGACGGGGUCGUCUCAGCUCCCAACCCUGGCUCUGGGUGGUACGUGAAAAUGCCGAAGGUAGUGCCCUUGCUUGAAGGGUCGGACCCCCAAACUCGGUGGGCUGGACCAGAUCUGGGCGAGCAUAACGAGGAGGUCUUGGUGAGAGAGUUGGGACUGACUGCGAAGGAACUAAGGACGCUGCGAGACGAUGGGGUUGUCGGAAGUGAAUUUCCCUGACGGACACAGAGACUUCGACAUGUUAUUUGGAUAACCACA